GAAGUAGAACAAAGACGAAGCUGACGUUUGUGAACGACUUGCUGAAAGUUUCAUUUAUUAUCUCGUCACCGUUCGAUGCUGUUAGAGAAGAUCUCAAUGGCUCUGACAAGAAGAGGCUCCUGAUGAUCCAAUCCUCAUCUUGGAAAUCCACUUCACAUUCCUAUAUCAGAUCUGCUGAUGAGUUGAGUGCUGGUGAGGCGCCGCCUUCAGCUACUGCUUUAGAAGCCCCCAAGUAAAGAGCUGACUGUGGUGUGUGUUGAUGUCUGGCACCGGAGCAAAGAUGGUGUUCGCCAGCUUCGCCCAGCCGUUCAUCAGCCGAUGCCUAAAUCAUUGGCUGCAGCCUUACCUGGCACGGGAGAUGCAGGUGACUUUCACGUGGAAAUCGUCAGUGCUUUGUGCCGGCCUCACAGACGUUGACUUUGCUCCUGACAAACUCAAUGAGCUCUUCUCCAAGUAUAACUUGCCGUUCAUCAUCAAUGACGCCCGCAUCGAUGAACUGGCAGUCGAGGUGCAUUUUGAGAUGACCGGAUACAAGAUCAAGAUCACACUCAAUGGUCUGAAAGCCACGAUAAUUCCACUUCAGGCCAACUAUUGCCCCAACCUUUUCGAUAGCAUGAUUGACAGCUUCUAUGAGCACCAGCAGAGCAUGCCUGUUGAUGAGAUAUUUGCUCAGCUUGAGCUUGACAGCGAGCGGUACAAAGACAGCGCUGCCCAGGAAACAUCCAAGAAAGUGUUACUCUCGUUGAACGACGUUGUAGACAUAACCUUUGUCAACUGUGCUGUACGCAUGGAGCAUUUUGCUCCGAAUUCUGCCAGUGGAAUUGCAUUAGAGUUCCAGGUCGGUAGAAUAAAAGUUCACUCAGAUCGAUGUCACGGCAAGGCAGACCAAGACCUGGGCAACGAAAGUGCAUCGUCGUCAUCCUUCUCUCGCAUCGCAUCCAUUGAAAGAGUUAGCAUUUAUACUGAAGAAAUUAUGCGCACCACUGAUUUGCCAUUCAACCAAAACUCAUCUGGCAUUGAAGAGUCGGUAUGGAAUGAAUCAUUCCACAAGCAAGACUCUACUCCCAUCAAAAUAGCGUCUAUACACGACGAAGCCCUAAUUAGAAUUAGCUAUGAAGACAAAACCAACAAAUCGUUGUUGACGUUUGCCGGAACCGUCCCUGACAUUGCUUUUUACCUCUCCCCUCGUCAAAUUUUCCUCAUAUCUGAACUUUUGACGGAAAUAUCCCAAAAACCUGCGGCCAAGUCAGAGUUUCUUAGAAGUGAACCUCUCACUAACGAAGACUACGACAUGCUCGAGAGACAAGAAGCUGGAGGGGCCACGACUGCUGACCUUAACUCUGUAGGCUUUGGCUCGGAUCUUGAAAGUCACGGCAGUGGCCGCUUGCCUCAUGGCUCGAGCGCGUCCGCAUGGUCCGUUCCUAAGGCCGACUAUCCUUUAUCGCAGCCCUUUGACAAGGAAUUUCUUAACAGGACUGGUCCUUCGUUUUCGGAUGAUCAGGCCUUCAAGCCUUUAUACUGUCAGUCUGUGGCAUCAGAUGCCACUAGCAUCAUAGCUCCUUCUGAAAUCACAUACCAGUCUCAAAGGGAGGCGAGUGGUCGACUGGAGGGCGUAGACACAUCGCUAGAUGAUAGUAGGAAUUCACAAAAGCACGUAUCCGAGAUGCACGUGGACGUCGUGAUCCAGAGCGUGUCCAUGGUCAUUUUGCACGAAGAUGUUAUUGCCCCAGUUGGUGCAGCUUCCCACAAAGAACUCGAGAGAGAAGCCGACCUAUUCUUCUUGAUGUUCGAAGGGCAAGAAAGAAGAGCGUCGGGUGAAAAUUUCAUUCCUCUUAGAUCACUUUUUGCCAAACACUGUUUGAAAAACCAUUUCCAGCUACACGCUUCUAAACUGACACUUGACUUCGUCAAUUCUCAGACCAGUGAGGAGCUCCAUCUUGCUGUCGUAUCAAGAAUUCACAACAUGGAACUCGUCGAGUGUAUCGUGGAGAAAAACGACGACGUUGUAGCAUCAUUUUCCGAAUUACUAGUGUUCCUGAACGAUGGCUUGUUGGCUGGAGGAAACCCAUGUUUGAACGUCAGUUUUGAUUGCACUUCUGAAAUUCGGAACACUUACAAAGGAAAAGUGGAUCUCGGGAACUCAAAAACCAACGUUUCCCUUGCAUUUGCCAAUUUUGGUAUGGAAAUUGAUCUUUCUGUAAUUGACAGAGCCGAAGCAUUUUUCCAUAGUCCCUCGUUUUCUGAUGAAGAUCUAUUAUCUAAAACUGCUAAAGUUAUACCUCCCUCACUCGGCAGCAACGAAGCGGCCACUCUCGUUUUGAAGCACGAAGUCAACUUCUCAUGUUCGUGUUCGUCAGUUUACUUGAAUUUACGUUUCCCUGUACCCGAUCUCCGCCCCAUGUCAGAUGUUCUCACAAAACCUGUGUGGAAGAGAGACCUCCGCAGCGAUGUCCUCACUGUCCUCUUCGUAGAUUUAGAUGUGAUCAGCAACUUUUGUCACCCUGCAGACAAUGCUUUUGAUGAGGUCAGGAUUUUAUCGCGCUCAGCCAGCGUCUAUUUCCAGGAAAGUCGGGACACCGAGCGCUACUUGAUUGGGGAAGCAAGCAGCCGUUGUGAGGCAGAAAGAGUGUCGCUCAGGUUUACUUUUGGACGCCGCAUUGGCUGUCGAUCAGAGUUUACUCAAAGCUUACACGGCCCCAAACCUUUCUAUGAAAAGAACUUGGUUUCUAAUCACAAGGAUGCUAUAUCAGAGCCUUUGCUGUAUCCCGCCAGCGACUCUACUUUUGCUGCCUUCAUAACUGAGAGCUGCAGAAACGCAGACGUAAACCUAGAGGCCGAUAUUCCAUGUUUAUCACUCUUUUUACCUUCUAAGCAUAUCUACGAGGUAAUAUACAAUAGAUUAGCUUACGAUCUGUUGUUGUGGCAGCCUCAUUCCUCACAUCCCCUGAUGACAAGCCAAAGCAAGCCUGUGCUUAACAAUGAUGUGGGUCUGGCUGCUGAUACGGGUAUCAGCAUUUAUCACUCCUUCAGCUGCGAUGUAGACGACGACCAGUUCAUGAGCACCAUGAGUUCUGUACCCGUUUCGACUUCUGACGCCUCCUCCAAGUCUUCGUCUGAUCCUAUAAAGGACAGGUUGCUCGGCGAGGAAGUCCUGUGUAGCAACCUUCCCACAACAAAGUUUGGUCUUGCGAUGAAAGUAGGUGAAGGCAGCAUAGAACUUAUCACUCCUAAUCGUGACAGCAAAGGGGAACUCAGUCCUGUCACUCGAGGACGUAUCCUCAUGGACGUUGGUCAUGCGUCGCUCUACGUCGCUGCGGGCUUCAAGGGAAACGUUAACAAAUCUUACGUUGGUGUUUUUACACGGAAUGCAACUCUAGCCCACCAUCCCGCUUGGUUCAGUGAGCUGAACGAGCCCAAGGAAAUGUCGCUCGUCAUACGACGCUGUUCCCCUGAUGAUCUCAAAAACAUUAACACGCACCCUACAGACGACCAUGACAUGUUGUCACUGGUCAUGAACUUUGACUUUGAUGAGCAUCGUAACGUGAGUACGAUGGUGUUGUCUGGGAAACUUAACCAUGCCUCGUAUAAAUACGAGACAAAUUUCUCUCAAGACAUGUGGCUCAUGCAGCUGCAGGAUAUGUUUUCGGUGCAGGACUAUCCUAUCCAAGGAUAUGAAAUUCCAGAAGUCGUCAACGACGUUCACUUCAGUUUCAUGAACUGUCUGGUGACAUAUCAUCCUGAAGGUUUUGACACCGACAUGCUACUCUACAUCGGAUCCUUGAUACUGGCUAGCAGCCUGUCGUGCAACUGCAACACCUCUAUAUUCCGAACCAUUGUUGAAGACUCGGGUGUAUUCAUCCGCAAAGAGUACCCCGGCCUGCAACCAAUCAUUGCCCAAGUUUUGAAUUUAGGCGUUUUGCAGCUGACUCUACGACAAGCUCUGUCUAGAGUUCACAAAGUCCCUAACACCGAGCUGAUAAUAGUCGGUGCUUUGGUCUCACUCAUCACUUGUUCUGACACUCUUGCUGAGCUCAUGAAGUAUGUGUCUCACUUUUGCGAGGCGUCUGCAGGACAAGGUGAUGCGGUGGAAGACUCAGACAGUGCCUGGUCGAAGGAAAGGGAGCCCACGCCGGUGACCGAAACUGACGAGCUGGAGCUGCAACUUAGGCGAGAACUCUUAGCAGAAGCUAUUAAUGAAGUGGGCAGCCAGACUUCAGAGAGUGUGCAUGUGCCUCCUAAAAGGCUUCCAAGUAGGGGGCAACCAAAGAACAGGGGGAGAAACAUCAGCGGUACCGAUGACAGAAAGCCUGCUUUUAACGACCGUUGUACUGUAUUAGAGCGACUCCAGAAGGUCGAUCAGGGCAAACCUCAUGAAAUCGCCAUUUUUAACAACAAUCCAUGGCCUGAUAAGAAGUUGCCCUUGUUGAAGAACAUUUCCAUUGCAGUUCCAGCGAUGCCCCUCGAGCGUUAUUUCAUCAAGGAGCUUUCAUUUAGCUGGAAAUUGUGCUACGGGCGCGCUCUCACUCCCGAGUCCUGUAGUCCUGUGCUGUCUUCUGCUGCCACUGCUUCUCCUUCGUCAGUGUCGUUCAACAGCCGCGACGCUAGGCUCUCCUUCAACCAUCCUUCUCCCUCCGUCAAGAGAAAAGACACUUCAAUAAGUAGAGGUAGCAGCAAGGUACUGAGGCCCAUGGUUGAAAUAACCGUAAAGAAACUCCGCUACCGAGUCGAGUUCUAUGGUCCUGAAAGCAUGGUCGUUUGUCAUCAUCAAAUUAGCGUCAAGGACAUUGAGAUAUUAGACUUAGUACCUGCUUCUAAUUUAAGAAAAUUGCUCUGUCGCUACGUCACGGAGGAGUAUCCCAUCGGUGAAAAAUCCGAUUUUAUUUCCAUUGACUUGAUGGUGAAGAAGAGACCAAACGAAGAACUCUGUGAGGAAUGUGACCUCGACAUUUCGAUGGGCAACGUGCGCAUGUACGCAGAUCAGGCCACCGUUACAUUCCUCAUGGAGUUUUUCAAGGAAAUGUCUCAGAUCCGUGAAGAAAGUUAUGCCCUAGCGAUGCGUUCUGCCCGAGCCAAAGCGGCUUCAUCCCCUGGCGCCACGGUGCGACAACAUAAAGCGAGUUCUCCUCUGCCUGCUCACACUCGAGCUGUUCAUGCCCAAAACAAGCCCUUCUUCAAGUCGGUUGUGUUCAACCCUUCUGUGGUCAUAGUCAUUGACUUUGAAGGCAACUUCGCGGACAUCAACAGUUUGAAUGAGCUUAUGUUGGCGUUGUCGAGCGCUAAUAAGGUCACUCUGAAGCUCAAAGAAAUCAACUUCAAAAGAGGUCUUCUUGGUCUCGACAAGGUCAUGGAGUACCUACGCAAGGAGUGGGUGGACGACAUCUACGCUAACCAAAAGUUAGGCCUCCUCAAAAUGAUUGCUCCCGUUGGACUUCUGAUUGAAAUUGUCGGUGGCAUGUGGCAGCUGGUUGAAGCUCCAAUACAGCAGUACAUGAAAGACGGCAAUAUCUUCAGAGGGCUCAUGAUUGGUGGGCAAGCAUUCACAUGCCGCUCCAUGGCUGCCACAUUCGGCCUUCUUGGUAAAAUGUUCAACUGCAUGGAGAACGUCGCUAGUUACCUAAUGGUGAUCGUGACUCCGACAUACCGCAUCGAAGGCUCCCGUGCUCCCCCGUCGGAUGCGGUGGCUGGCGUGUGUGUGGCCACUAGCUUAGUUCGCAACCGCGUUGCGCGCGUCACCAGCAACAUCAUCGAGUCUACGCAGACUGAGCGUCGUGAGCGAGGCGUGGCCGGUGCCGUGUCAGGCUUUGCACGCCACAUCCCGGAGAUGGUCAUCACGCCACCCUUCCUGGCUACACAGGUCACUGGCUGCAUCUUGACCGGCCUGCAGCAUCAGUGGACUCCUGGCAACGAGAAGGAGCUCCAGCAAAAGUACAAGUAAAAUUCCCAUCCUACUCCAAGACUUGAUUUAUUUGCCUCGUGAUAUGGCUGAUUUGAAUGGUAGAAAUCCUGACGUCCCCUAAUACAUUUUAUGAAUCUAAAACCAUUAUUCUGAGCCUGGUAAAGACAUUUUUUUUUGGGUAGAGAUUUGUGUGAUUUACUUCGACCUGGACCUGCUGAUGACUUGCAUUGCUCCGCGAUUUUCUGACGGGGUUUAUUGAAACAUUUCUAAGCUAUUUCUCGUGUCACGAAAGGUAUACCUAGUAGUAGGUCUUACUUUAGUCCACCAAUUGAUUCAUGCUGUCUGAAGCAAAUACUCGAGAAUUCUGUGACGAUUUGAAGCGAUCUGAAGAAAUGAGCUCAUUCCUAUCAUCUUAGCGCCACGCAUAAAGCUCCUUACUGAACUUCUCCUUUACUAAUCAACAUUGGUUGCCUCUAAUGUUUACGCCGCUAAAAUAAGUAAAUUAAGGUGGAAGUUCUGCAAUAUUCACCUCACCAUAAUGAUCUGCAAUGCUCCUAGUCUCUCAGGUCAAUUGAGUGUUCACUGAUUAUCCACUGGUAGAAUUUUUUAUCACUUAAGAAGUUAACUCUUCCCCAGCUAAUCUGUGAUUCAAAUUUAAGUCUGUGUUGCUUGCUAAGUGAAAAAUUUAGGGCGUAUCAUCCUUGAAUUGCUCGCUUUUCAGGUCCUUGAUGAAGCCGUAGAAUUAAUAACUUUUACUAAUCACUGCUACACCUCCUACUGAUGUUAGAUUGCACAAAUUGCACUGGAACAUCCAGGGCUUCGUGGCUCGCAUUUCCUGGUUAAUCAUUGAUCAUGUCAACUCCUCCAGGCAACCACGCUUCAUUAAUGAUGAUGUAUAUAAUUCUUGGGAUCUUGAUGUGUGCAAAUAAUAGUGUGUCGUCAUAUUCAUCUAACUUAUAUUAAAUGAAAGCUAUUUUUCUACGUUUACUUUAUGGAUAGAGUACUGUAAAUCACAAUGUAAUCAUUUGACAUAAAUAUUACCAGCGAACAACUCGCUGGCACAGUCGGCACGUUCAUAUGUAUACCUGCAGCCCUCGCAUCUCUAUAAAUCCACAUUUCAGUAUCGAAUUCUAAGCUGAAUAUCGGCGUGGAUAAAAGGUGUGGACUUGCUCACCUAUGCUGUAUCUUUGUAGGAUUUCUUAGUUGCUUCAACUCGAAGUGAAUUGCUUGUCUUCUUCGUGUUGGUUUAUCCUUCCAAGAUAUUCAUGAGCUUGUCAGUGCAUUGGGGAAUAAUUUCAAUUUUUUUACUCAAAGAAAACCCUCCGACUUAUCCCCCAGAUAUCCUUAUAGGUUUUGUCGUGAAUUUCAGUCGAGUUCUAUUACGGCUGACAUUGGCUCAAUUAGCUUCCUAAGACAUGGAUUGUAGCUCCAACUCAAACCCUUAACAAAUUCUCCAAUAAUACUUAGAACCAACUUAAGCCCCUUGAUCAAUUUUCUCCUCGUUCCACGCGGAAGAUGAAUACGAAGCCAUUGUUUGCACCCAGAACUUCUAUGCUUCAUUUUGCGCAAAAGGACAGCUAUUUUUGGAGAAAAUUGGUCCAGGGGCUGAAUAAAUAUAUGUUACUGGUCGAAAAUUAACCCAUCACUUGAGUGAGAACGUCUUUUUAUCUUGGUUAUUGUCUCCCGUGUUAGCUCGGUCUGCGUACCGCAUUAUAGCUCGGCAAACAAUAAAUUACACAUCCUAAUCGAGAUCUCACUAGAGCGUUCCUAAUUUUCUUUUCAAUAGUUAACCUUCAUAAUAGCCGUGUUACACACAACACUUCCUGCAUCUCUCACGACUAAAAUCUCGUUCGUUGUGCGCCUCCUCACGUUUUGGUCUAUCAUUGUACAAUUUUUAUCCAAUUAGCAUGUGCUCGUUCGACACCGAUUACUUGCCCAUGUUAUUUCGUGAGUGCGACCGACUCUGUUCGAGCUAACGGGCGCGGCAGCGUGCAUGGAUGUUGUGUCCAUUGUUCGCAGCACAAGGUUUUGGAUGUAGCACGAAAUUUGUCUCCUUUCUUCUUACCAGAUAUUUUUUUGUAUAGUCGGAAAUUUUUGAGCUUUUGUGUGCAAUUCAGUGUACGUUUAAAAGAUGAAGACAUUGAUGACUUGAACUUUGUGGAUUGUACUUUGGUGAAGCUUGUUCAUAACCAGAAAUAUAAAUUAUUCGCUGACACUAGACACUUCAGUGCACAGCCUUUCUUGUUCUUUCAACAUUUACUUCUUGAUCGUGGGUGUUUGCGUCAUUAAAAAAUCCGGCAUCGCAAUGUUUAUUUGCAACCGCUCGCUGGGAAGCCGCCGUCUCUCGCUGUCUCCUGUAGUGUCUUACCGUGGCCGGCAUUGUGUUUGAACUGCAGAUCUUACGCUGUUAAAAUGUUGGGUUUUGUGUUGAAGAAAAAUGAAUAUUGGGGCUUUUUUAUGAAGUUACUUUUUAAUUAGUUGCGAUUUGGCGUGAAAUAAAGCUGCUUAGGCAAGAGUAUUUGCUUGGAAGGGCUAGCGUGCUCCUUUCUUCUGCUCGCUAUGAGCAAACAUUUUAGCUUGGAAAUAAGCACAUUUUACUUUAAGAUUUUGUAUUAAUUCCGCAGGCUAGGCUGUGGAAGAUUAUUUUUAUCAUUGAAGCUCGGCGUUUUCUUCUAGAAGUUAGUUAUUCAAGAAUAAGUUUUAAGAAUGUGUAGUAGUUGAAUCACGCCUCCUUAUGUACGUCGGCUACAUGGUUCUUUUAAUAGCCUCUUAGUUUUAAACUUCGUUAGCAAUGAAAUGCGGAAAUCUCUUUGCAACUCAGUCAUCCAUGUUAAAAUAAUUUCUCAGCAUUUAGUCUCGUUGAAUAAACACUGUGAGCUUGUGUCUGCAGUAACGUUCUUGUGAUCUCUUUAGAGAAAUUGUCUUUAUAUCGUCUUGUACGCAGUUUUCAUGUCAGUUUUUGAGUUUUAAUCAAAACUUUAGGUGAACGUAACGUUCAACGUUUUUAUCUUACACCCUAACUUUGUUUACAUCGCCAAUGCCAAGUUGAGUUUUCAAGACGGCAUUAAAAUUCACGUAUUGUGUUUUGCUUAUUUAACAUGUUAGCCAUACGUAUUCUAUAAGAUUGUCUGCCAAGAGACGACCAUAAUAAGUUACUGUGUAUUCAGGGUCUACCACUAGUAAUUAUUUGGCAUCGGUCGACUGUCCUCGUUGUUUUGUGUGCGACGCAGAAACUGCUCUUUAUUUUUGAUGUUUCGGAGCGCAGUUGCACCACCGCUGUUGUGGUGUACUUGCGAACUAAGGUGAGAGGUGCGACUGGCCGAUGAACAACCUAAGUAGUAGCAUGCUUACCUCUUAGGCUGGGUUCACACCAUACUGCUUGGCACGUGCCAGGCAUAUGCCAGUCACGGUCCAGUCCUAUAUUCUAUUAUGAAUUUCCAUAGUAAUGUUCACACCAGCCGUGCAAGGCACACGUUAUGUCCAUGGUGUGAAUGCUUCUAAGAAAAGGCAUUAAAGAAUAUUGGACUGGACCGUGACUGGCACAUGCCCGGUAGUACGUUUUGAACCUAGCCUUAUCGUACCACACAUAUAGCGAUGACUUUUAAUGGAACGUUUUUUAAUGGUUUUCCACGUGCAAGUGAUGAUCUAUAAACUCGGGUUUCUUGCACGAGAACAAAUAUUUAAUGUUUAUUGAUAGGGUUCUGUAUGAUUGUCGGAACGUGAAGUAGAUCCUUGUGCCGACAUUAUUUUGUCUUUCAUUAGUAUUUUUGUGACUGAUAUUCGUUGAUUUAGCGGUAACCUUAAGCUCGCUGAAGCAGUACUGCGAGAUAGUUCAAUUAGGCUAGUAAAUUUACCUUUCAAUAUUAUAGGUUCCUCAAUACUGAAGAUGCCACGCAGUAUACAAAUAACUAUGUCAUUAUUUUGAUCGGAUACACAAUUAUAAAUUCCUGCGUUUUUAAUUUAAUGAAUAAAAAUUUCGAAUAAAUUAAUGCUCGAUUCCACUUGAAGCAGUUGCAUGUAUGUUGUGGGCCUUGUACCGCUCGUCGAUUUGUUGCUAUUUAAUACAGUUCUGAAUAUGUCCCGUACCAGCAGCUCUGCUUAUAGUAUUUAUUUCUCUUUGUUUGCCAUUGCAGUGAGACGAGACAUCAUAUGCUGUGUUUUCUGUUCUGUGGCUCGGAUAUUGAGUCUCACCCACUUAUUUCACCAUUGUAAUUGCGUGUUCAGUGGCGUGUUUAAAAACGCACCUGUUUAUAACUUAAUAAAUACAAAUACCAUAAAAUUUUA